GUAAAGACACAGAGUUUAUAAACAUAAAGUGCCAUCUCUAUUCAAACAGGUUGUAAACAAAAACUGAAAACUGGAAAAAUAGCAAUAGUUAAAAGAAAAAAGAACUAUUCCUGCAUGCCCGAGCUACAAUGCGUUUCCACAUGAAGAGCGGCAGCGAGGACAACGAUAUUGUGGCCACCGCCACGGCCGAGCACAUCCGCAAGUUUGUCUUCAGCAGCGGAUCACCUGCCGAACGCCUGGAGAUCAAAAUACCCGAGCUGCUUCAGGGAGCAUACUCCUUCUACACGUGGCCCUGUGCCCCGGUGCUGGCCCACUUUCUGUGGGAGCGUCGCCAGACUCUGGCCGGUAAGCGCAUCCUUGAGCUGGGUAGCGGUACCGCUCUGCCCGGCAUCCUCGCCGCCAAGUGCCGAGCUCAAGUGGUGCUGACUGACAACUGCAUCCUGCCCAAGUCGCUGGCCCACAUCCGGAAGUCUUGCCUGGCUAACCAGCUGCAGCCGGGCGUGGACAUUGAUGUGGUAGGCUUGAGCUGGGGCCUCUUGCUAAACAGCGUGUUCCGACUGCCGCCGCUGGACCUAAUCAUCGCUGCAGACUGCUUCUACGAUCCGAGCGUGUUCGAGGACAUCGUGGUCACAGUGGCCUUUCUGCUGGAGCGGAAUGCCGGUGCCAAGUUUAUAUUCACGUAUCAGGAGCGGAGCGCCGACUGGUCAAUUGAGGCGCUGCUCAAGAAGUGGAAGCUGCAGGCGCUGCCCAUCAGCAUGGACGACAUUGGAAAGGAGUCGGGCGUGGAUCUGCUGGAGUUUAUGGGCGGGCACACCAUUCACCUGCUGGAGAUAACGCGCGCCGAGAACGGCGGUACAAUAAAUUCUAUAUAACAAUUAUAUACAAAUCUUGUAAGAGUAUUUUAAUGGCGGAUUAUUUCUAUAUUGAAAACCCAAUUUUUUUUCAUUUAAGUUAAUUCAAAAACCCUUUAUAUGACAAGAGGGAAAUUAUUGAAUUAUAAGAUUACUGAUUACAAUACAAUAUAAAAAUAGGUCAAACAGGAAUGUUUCUUUAAAAUUAAACAUUUUUUAACAAUAAAGGAGUCCUUUGAUUUUCGCGCUUUCUAUUAAA